AUGGCACCUAAGAAGGAGAAGAAGAUAGCUGAGGACAAGCUUAUUCUCAAACGGGUUUUGGCAUCUCGAGAUGUGGUGGAAAGGUUUGUCAGGGAAUACGACCAUGAGCGGGAUGUUGGAGAAAUCGCCGUGCGGCUGGAAACGCUGAACAGAACAAACAAGGAGUUUCUGCUCGUGCAGUCCGAGUUGGAGAAGCUAGAUGAAGAGGAGAAUUUCGAUCAUCAUAUGGCGGUGCGGAAUGAUUUUGAGAACCGUUUUUGCAAGUUGAAAGGUUUCUUGCUGACGAAGCGAGAUCGGGAUCAUCCUCUCAUGCAUUCGACAAGGAUGUCAACAUCGGCACAGCUGCAUAAUACUACUACCUUUCAUCAUCGCUUGCCGAAGAUCGACUUGCCAAAGUUUUGUGGAGACGAAUCGCGAUGGAUAUCGUUCCGAGACAAUUUUCUAUCCAUGAUCCACGGAAACGAUGACAUCCCAACGGUGAAUAAGUUGCAAUAUCUGUUGCAGUCCUUGGAAGGAGAUGCCAGGAAGCCCUUUGAGUGUGUCGACAUACAAGCGGACAACUACGCGUCAACCUGGGACGCCCUCAUGAAGAGGUACGAUAACAAGCGGUUUUUGCGGAAGGAGUUAUUUAGAUGGUUAUUCGAAUUGGCACCGAUGAAGCGGGAAUCAGCACACGAGCUGAAUACGUUAGUCGACGAUUUCCAUCGGCACGUCAAGGCGUUGGAAAAACUUGGAGAACCCAUUAAGCAUUGGGAUACACCACUCACGUUCAUCCUCUGCAACAAGCUCGACUCCUAUACGUUGCGUGCCUGGGAGCAAGAAACUCGAAAGCAGGAAGAAGUCAAGUAUGACGAGCUGAUUGAGUUCCUCACGAAUCAAGUCCGUAUGUUGAAGUCAGUCUCCAGCGAUCUACAGAACCGUUCCCAAGGGUCCCACAUCAAGGUGGCCGGCCCAGUUCCGAAGAAAUCCACUACAGUCAGGUCCGUUGUCAACAAUGCCACCAACGAAGUCAAGCCAAACGUUUCACAAUGUCACGCUUGUUCGCAGAAGCACUUACUAGUUCAGUGUCCGGCGUUUGCCAACCUAAACAUCGGACAACGUCGUGAACUAAUAACCAAGCGAAGUUUAUGUUGGAAUUGCUUCCGUCCAAACCAUCAAGCCAAGGCUUGUAAAUCGAAGUUUUCGUGUAGAACGUGUCACGCCAAACACCACACGUUACUGCACGACCAAGGUACACCCUCCAAACCCACGUCAAUUCCUGUCGGCUCGUCGAAUGCGACUGCUCAACAGUCUUCUCAAUCCACGUCGACGAACGUGGGGACCGCUGGAUCGUCGAAUCCACCCGAAGUAAAUCUCCCCGUCCAAUCAAGUAGAAGCACGGUCCUAUUAGAAACGGUUGUACUAUCCAUCGUCGACAAGCACGGCAAGGAAAUCGCUAUCCGAGCUCUUCUCGAUUCCGCUGCGAUGUCUAAUUUCAUCACCAAGAAGUUGGCAAAUGCUCUAGCCACCCGUCAAGCCGUCGUUGAUGUUGCAGUUGCAGGAAUCGGAGAAUCUACGAAGCAGAUAAAGCGGCAAAUCUCCGCAACGAUCAAAUCUCGAACCAGUCCCUUUUCCACCACACUCGAAUUCCUAAUCAUGAAGAAGCCCACUGCCAAUUUACCCACUAUAGCCAUCAAUUCCGCAUCGUGGAACAUACCAAAGGUUCCAUUAGCCGAUCCCAAUUUCGAUACACCGGGCAUGAUAGACAUCAUAAUUGGCGGAGAAUGUUACCAUGAAAUCCACACCGGCAACCGUAUAUCACUCGGCGAAGGUCUGCCGUUCCUGGUCGACACCCUAUUUGGCUGGACAGUAUCAGGAAAAACUGCCAUUAAUUCCUCCGCCACGCCACCGGUCUGCUACCUAUCAACUGUUGAUCGGUCUCUAGAGAAUGCGCUUCAGAGAUUCUGGGAACUCGAAGCUGUCGAUCAUGGCCCAACGUACUCCACUGAAGAAAAACGAUGCGAAGAAAUCUAUGCCAACACUACCACCCGAACUCACUCCGGAAGGUACGUCGUACGCCUUCCUCGGUCCGAAGAUCCGCAAGUCACCCUCGGUGACUCUCGAGCAAUUGCCACCCGCCGUUUCUACAGCCUCGAGAGACGCCUUGAGAAAAAUUCCGCCUUAAAGCAAACCUACCACGAGUUCAUCGAUGAAUACCUCCGAGUCGGCCACAUGCGCAAGCUUGAUGUUGUUGAUGAUGCUGUUCCACACUGUUACCUACCACACCACCCGGUGUUCAAGGAGAGCAGUACUACCACCAAGGUGCGUGUGGUUUUCGACGCCUCCUGCAAAACGUCCACCGCAGUGUCCCUGAAUGAUACACUCCUCGUCGGUCCAGUUAUACAGCAGCCUCUCGUCAACAUCAUUAUUCGUUUCCGGUUCCACGUGAUCGCUUUCAACGCUGACGUGGAAAAAAUGUAUCGCCAAGUGCUCCACGAUCCCGACGAUCAAUAUUUCCUGCGCAUUCUGUUUCGCCCAACUCCAUCAGAUUCGCUCAACACCUACGAACUUCUGACGAUCACAUACGGCACCGCAGCAGCUCCAUACCUGGCCACCCGCACACUUUUACAGUUGGCUACGGAUGAAGGAGACAACUUCAAGGAAGCCGUUAAAGCAGUCAUCGAGGACUUCUACGUAGACGACCUCCUUUCCGGAGCAGCAAAUCUGGAGGAUGCCAUCGAGAAGCGUCGCCAAAUCACUGAUAUGCUUGCGACCGCUGGGUUUCCGUUGAGAAAGUGGGCCUCCAACGUGCCAGAAGCAUUGACUGGCGUACCAUCCGAAGACUUAGCGAUAAAACCGCUCCACGAUCUGCACGACGAUCAAUCCGUCUCAACAUUAGGCCUUGUUUGGGACACAAGAACGGACAUGCUGCGGUUCAAUGUCGAGAUGCCGCUCCUGCAGCCAUCCUCCCAAAACGUAAAGUGA